GCGUCGUGACGACGUAAACUUCCGUUACAGAUCAGACAGUAGCAGCAGUCCGCGCCUCCAGAGCUUCGCUCUCAACAAACAAGCAAAGCUAGCGGUCUGAACGGACUCAACAUGUUGUCUUACAUCAUCGGGCUGAUCCGAGGAGGCUUUGACAGCAUCAUCAACCUCAUCUUCAGGCUGCUGUUCUCCAAGAGGAGACCUGCCAUCACCUUGGAGGACCCCAACAUCAAAUAUGCACUCAGGUUAAUCGACAAGCAGAUUGUGAGUCAUGACACGAGGAAGUUCCGCUUUGCUCUGCCUUCUCCUGAACACGUCCUCGGCCUGCCCAUUGGGCAGCACAUCUAUCUGUCCGCAAAAGUAAACGGGCAGCUCGUCGUCCGCCCGUACACGCCCGUCUCCAGCGACGAUGACAAAGGCUUCGUGGACCUGGUGGUGAAGAUUUACUUCAAAGAUGUUCAUCCUAAAUUCCCAGAAGGUGGGAAGAUGAGUCAGUAUUUGGAGAGCCUGAAGCUCGGCGACACAAUCGACUUCAGAGGACCCAGCGGUCUUCUCAUCUACAAAGGCAAAGGUGUUUUUGCCAUUCAGGAGGAUAAAAAGUCUCCAGCUGUGAACAAGACGGCCAAGCAUGUGGGCAUGAUCGCUGGAGGAACAGGAAUCACCCCCAUGCUGCAGCUCAUCACCGCCAUCAUGAAGGAUCCUCAGGACCAAACGGUGUGUCAUCUGCUGUUUGCCAACCAGAGUGAGAAGGACAUCCUGCUGAGAGACGAACUGGAUGAGAUUCAAGCCAACCAUCCAGACAGAUUCAAGCUGUGGUACACGGUGGACAGAGCACCUGAAAACUGGGAGUACGGCCAGGGCUUCAUCAAUGAAGACAUGGUGAGGGGGCAUCUGCCCCCCCCUGGUGAUGACACGCUCAUCCUGAUGUGUGGACCUCCACCCAUGAUCCAGUUUGCCUGCAACCCCAACUUGGACAAAGUGGGCCACUCCCCAAACCGCAGGUUCACCUUCUAGACGUCGGUCCGUUUAGAAGAAAAGGUUUGGAUGUUUAAGGGCGUUGUUAUUGUCUCUUCCCUAACGGCACUAAAGCAGAGGGAUUUGCACAGUUUAAACAAUGUUUAUACAGCUAUAUUUUUGAUGCAAAGGAAUCGCAGCUAGGACCAAAUCACAGGGGAAGCGUUGGAUAGACCCGGAAGUUGGGAAUCAUGGUGAGAUGGGAUUUUUAGUUUGGCGUUGAGACAUGUGAACAAAUGGCUGUUCAUCCAGUGCCUUAAAACCUGCAGAACUCUAUAUAUUUUUUUUUGUUUAAGGUCAUCACUGCUUCAUUGUUCUUGAACGCCACCAAGCUGAACAUGUUAGAUUUUGCUAAAUGUUACCCAAAGUGUAAAUCUGGUUGCUUGUAUUUAACAUGGAGCAUAAAAAUCUGUUGCUACUGAAGAAA